GGAGUGAAUGCCUCACACAAUGACCAGGUCUGCAGCACAUGGGGUAACUACCAUUUCAAGACCUUCGGACGGGACUUUUUCCAGCUCCCCUCCACCUGCAACCAUGUUGUUACCUCACUGUGUAAAAGCAGCUAUGAGGCUUUCAACAUCCAGAUGAGGCGGCAGGUGGUGGACAACCAGCCCACCAUUAGCAAGAUCACCAUGAAAGUGGAUGGUGUAGUGGUGGAGCUAUCCAAGGGGUGUUGUUGGGUGACCCUGCCAUUCAGCUUGUCUGGUGUCAGCAUCGUGAAGACUACAUCCAAUGUGAAGGUCAUAGCCAAACUGGGGCUGGUUGCCGUUUGGAACAAGGAUGACUCCCUAAUGAUUGAAAUGAACGAGAAGUACAGAAACCAGACCUGCGGACUCUGUGGUGACUUCAAUGAAGUCCAAACAUAUAAUGAGUUCAUCAUCAAUGGUGGGGAACUCUCUAGCUCUGACUAUGGAAACCUCUGGAAAUUGGAUGGCCCUCUGGAAGUCUGUGAGGAGCCUAUGCUAACUUCUGCAGAGAGUUGUGGAGAUGAGGAAUUUUGUCAGCAGCUGUUCUCCAAUGCAGCUUUCAGUAGCUGCACAAAUUAUUUGGACAUGGACUCCUUUGUCGAGACCUGCCUGGCUGACCUGUGCCACUGUGAUAACAGCACCAACUCCUUCUGCCUGUGCAACACCAUCUCAGAGUACUCCCGUCAGUGUGUUCACGCAGGGGGGAAGCCACAGCAAUGGAGGACUAAACAGUUCUGCUAUAAGACAUGCCCCUACAACAUGGAGUACCAGGAGUGUGGAAGCCCCUGUGUUGACACCUGCUCCAACCCAGAGGCCAGCCAGUUGUGUGAAGACCACUGUACAGACGGCUGUUUCUGUCCUCUAGGUACUGUAUUCGAUGAUGUCAGCAACAGUGGCUGUAUUCCAGUGAGCGAAUGCCUUUGUGUCCACAAUGGACAAGUAUACAAAUCUGGAGAAUCUUAUACCAGCAACUGUAAAGAAUGCACCUGUGCUGGUGGUCAGUGGGCCUGUACGGACAAGGACUGUCCUGGGACCUGCUCUGUGGAGGGAGGAUCCCACAUCAACACCUAUGAUGGGAAAGCCUACACAUUCCAUGGGGACUGCUCUUACAUUCUGACCAAGCAAUGCAAUGGAACUGAAUUCACCGUGCUGGGAGACAUUGUGAAGUGUGGGUUGACUGACACUGAGACCUGUAUGAGGGCUGUUACCCUAGCCCUCUCCAGCAGAUCCACCGUAAUCCGAGUCCAGUCAAGUGGAAGUGUUUUUGUAAAUCAGAUUCUUUCUCAGCUCCCACUCUAUACAGCUGAAGUGACCAUCUUCAAGCCCUCCUCAUUCUACAUUGUUAUCCAGACAACCCUUGGAGUUCAACUUCAGAUCCAGCUUUCACCAGUUAUGCAGAUCUACAUAACUGCCAUCUCAUCCUACAAAGGAACAACCUGUGGCCUUUGCGGAAACUACAAUGAUGUUCAGGCAGAUGAGUUCAGAGUCAUCAGUGGAUUGGUGGAGGGCACAGCUGUAGCUUUUGCCAACACGUGGAAGACCAUGGCCAGCUGCCCUGAUGUCAAGAGUAGCUUUGAAAACCCCUGCAGUUUGAGCAUUGAAAAUGAGAAAUAUGCCCAGCACUGGUGUUCCAUGUUAUCAGAUCCUAAAGGAGUGUUCUCCCCUUGCCAUUCUGAAAUAAGACCUGAUGCCUACAAAACCAACUGCAUGUAUGACAGCUGUAACUGUGAGAAGAGUGAGGACUGCAUGUGUGCUGCCGUGUCCUCUUAUGUCCAUGCUUGUGCUGCCGAGGGCAUCCAGCUCAGCGGCUGGAGAGACACUAUCUGCAAUAAAUUCGCCACCUGCCCCAGUCAAACAGUUUAUACCUACAACAUGACCAGCUGUGGACGCACCUGCCGCUCCCUGAGUAUGACAGACCGAUCUUGCCAGGUGGAGUUUGUUCCGGUGGACGGCUGUGGCUGUGCAGAGGGCACAUACAUGGACGAGGCUGGCCAGUGUGUUGCCCCCACCAACUCCUGCUAUGACAAGGGCUCAGUGGUCCCUGCAGGAGAGGCUAUCAGCAGAGACGGUGCCACCUGCACUUGUAGGCAAGGGACACUGAGUUGCACUGGGGGAGCAAGUAUAUCCCCAGUAUGCACACAGCCUAUGGUUUUCUUCAACUGCUCAACUGCACCUCCAGGAGCUUCAGGGUCAGAGUGUCAGAAGAGCUGCAAAACUCUGGACAUGACCUGUAUCAGCACAGAGUGCACAUCAGGUUGUAUGUGCCCCACCGGACUGGUGUCUGAUGGGAACGGAGACUGCAUCAAGGAGGAACUUUGUCCUUGUUCUCACAAUGGAGCUACUUACCAAGCUGGAGAGACCGUUAAGGUUGACUGCAAUACAUGUACUUGCAAGGACAGACAAUGGCAGUGUACCACACAUCUUUGUGAUGGAGUUUGUGCAAUCUACGGAGAGGGUCACUAUAUCACCUUUGAUGAGAAAAGGUUCAACUUUAAUGGAAACUGUGAAUACACUCUCAUUCAGGACUACUGUGGCAAUACUAAUGGCAGUGGCAGCUUCAGAGUCCUCACUGAGAACGUUCCUUGUGGAACUAAAGGCACCACCUGCUCCAAGACCAUCAAACUCUUCCUGGGGACCAGUGAGCUCAUAUUGGCAGAUGGGACUGCUCAAGUUGUCAGGAGUACUCCAGAAGAGCAGUUUCCUAAACAGAUCAGUCUUCUGGGGAAUUAUCUGGUCAUUGAAGUCAAAAGUGGUCUAAUCCUCAUGUGGGACAAGAAGACCAGUCUGUCUAUCAAGCUUAGCCCACAAUACCAGGGGCAAGUGUGUGGUCUGUGUGGAAACUAUGAUGGCAACGCAAACAAUGACUUCACAACUAGAGCCCAGGCGACUGUUGUUGAUCCGGUGGAAUUUGGAAACACCUGGAAAGUUUCAUCAAGCUGCCCAAGUGUAUCCGCUGUAGUGCAUCCAUGUACCUCCAACCCGUACAGAGCGUCUUGGGCCCAGAAACAGUGCAGCAUCAUUAACAGUGAUGUCUUCGCAGCCUGCCAGAACCAGGUGGACCCCUCUCCUUACUACGAUGCUUGUGUGAGAGACUCAUGUGCUUGUGACAGUGGUGGAGACUGUGAGUGCUUCUGUACCGCAGUGGCAGCUUAUGCAAAGGCCUGCAAUGAAGCUGGAGCAUGCGUAGCCUGGAGAAGCCCCCGAAUUUGCCCACUGUUCUGUGAUUACUACAACCCCCCUGGAGAAUGUGAGUGGCACUACAAGGCAUGUGGAGCUCAGUGUAUGAAGACCUGCAGAAACCCUUCCGGAAACUGUUCUAGUUUAAUUCCAGCAUUGGAAGGCUGCUAUCCUAACUGUCCUGCGGCACAACCUUACUUCAAUGAGGAGACAAUGAAGUGUGUGGAGAGGGAACAAUGUGGCUGCUAUGACUAUGAAGGAAACCAGUACACCAAUGGACAGAAUGUUCCGGCACAAAACUGUGAAACAUGCACCUGCACAAUGACUGGAGUGAGCUGUAGUUAUAAUGUAAAUGAUUGUACAUGCUUGCAUAAUGGUAAACAACACCAAUAUGGAGAAACCAUCUACAAUACAACAGAUGGGAUUAGUAACUGCAUAGUUGCUGUUUGUGCCGCGAAUGGAACCAUUACCAGGAACAUUUACCCUUGUCAAGUGAUCACAACUCCAGUACCAACCACAACAUCCCCUCUGACCACAACAACUGUCCAUGCAACUACAACACAGGCCUCUACAACAACACUAAAGCCCACAACUGUCUUCCAUUUCUCAACACCUGAACCUACAUCUACUUCAACUAAUUGGAAUCAUCAAUAUUGCACCACAACUACAUCAUUAAAUCCUACAACUACAACAUCAGGAGCAAGUACAGUCAAUCCGAAACCGACAACUGUAACUACAACAACUAUGGUACCCUCAACAAGUGGACAAGUAGCUACAUCGACCACAGCUGAAAUUUCAACAAAGGAAGAAACCACAACUGAGACUAUUCCAUCUACAUCCACAAAGCCACCUAAAGUAGUCACCACUGGCUCAAUUACAUAUUCUACAACAGCUAUCAUUGUGACUUCACCUUCAACAUCACUGACUUCAACUUCAACAUCACAGCCUUCAACAACAAGUACAGAAACAACAGAGCCAGUUGUCAUCACAGGCAUUUUAGAAACAACAAGAAAUCCUUCAACUUCACCACAAGUGAUUAUUACACCUACAUCAACAGUAGUCACCACCAGCCAGUGCAUUUGCAAUGUUAAUGGGACACAGUAUCUACCAGGGAACCUAGUGUAUAAUGUGACCGAUGGUUCAGGGUGGUGCUUCACCGCUUACUGCAAAGCAACGUGCCAAGUUGAAGUGGAAUCAAAUCCAUGUCCUUCCUCUACACCCUCCACUGUAUCCCCCACAACGUCAGAAGAGACCAUGACCACACCACCAACAACUCAAUCCACCCCAGACUGCACUAGCAUUCAGCCACCAAGAAAGAAUGGAGAAUCUUGGCAGCUGAAUAGCUGUACCACAGCAAUUUGCCAGGAUGGCAUUGUUGUCCAGCUACCAGUAAAAUGCAAGCCAGUGGAGCCACUACAGUGUGAGAAUGGCCGUCCACCUGUCAAGGUCUAUGAUUCAGCUGGAUGCUGCUUCACAUAUGAAUGUGAAUGUGUAUGCAGUGGAUGGGGUGGAUCUCACUACAAGACAUUUGAUGGAGUAUAUUACAAUUUCCAGGAGAACUGCUCAUACACCUUAAUGAAAGAAAUCAACUUAAAAUACAACCUUACCAUUAUUGUUGAUAACCACUACUGUGGAAACGCUGACAGUGGAUUCUGUCCUCAGUCACUUAUCAUUCAUUACAAAUCCUAUGAAGGGAUUCUUACCCAGCAGAGAUCUGGUGAAACAACAGAAAAUGUGGUAUAUGUCAACAGUAAACGAAUCUACCCAGCUUACAGAAUGGGUGACAUUGCUCUAACAAGUACAGGUGUGGAGGUCAUGCUGGAGAUCCCUGAUCUUAAGGUUCAGGUGUCUUACAAGGGGUCAUCAUUUAGCAUCAACCUUCCUUACUCCCUCUUCCAAAGCAGCACAGAGGGCCAGUGUGGUACCUGUGAUAAUUCCCAGAAGAAUGACUGCCAGUCACCUAAUGGUCAGAUACAGGGUUGCUCAGUCACAGCUAGCCAGUGGCUGGUUCGAAACCAGGACUGUCCAACUCCUCCAACAGCACCACCCUCUACCACCCCGGCAACCCCAAGCACGUCCCCUACCCCCUGCAAGACAGCCAUUUGUGAAAUCAUGAACAGCAUGGUCUUUGAGGCAUGCCAUAAAGCGGUUUCUCCUGACGCCUUUGUUCAGGCCUGUAGAUCAGAUGUCUGCAACAAUGCUAAUUCUAGAUGCUCUAGUCUGGAGGCGUAUGCAUCUGAAUGUGCAAAUAAAGGGAUCUGCAUUGACUGGAGGAAGUCCACCGAUGGAGAAUGUGAGCAAACAUGCCCAGACACUAAGGUGUACAUGCCAUGUGGUCCAGCAGUUGAACCAACAUGUAAUACCAGAUAUAAUGAGAAGUAUUUGAACAAUCAAACCCAAAUGACCAAUAAGACGAAGGAGGGUUGCUUCUGUCCAUCUGGAACCGUCUUGUUCAGCACCUACUCUGAUACUUGUGUGGUCUCCUGUGGCUGCACCGGACCUGAUGGCAACCCCAAAAUGCCUGGUGAUACAUGGGAGAGUGUUUGCCAGCAGUGCACCUGUGACAAAGACUCUAUGGUUGUCCAGUGCCAGCCUAUCACUUGCCCCACACCAGCCAUACCCAUCUGCAAUGAGACUGGAUACAGACUGGUGAACAAGACAGAAGGCUGCUGCCAGAAAUUUACAUGUGAGUGCGAUGCACUGCUUUGCCCCAAAAUCAUGAUGGACUGCCAGCCAGGGUGGGAGGCAAUUAUAAGCACGUCCAUCUCAAGCUGCUGUCCAGAGUAUACCUGUGUUCCUAAGGGUGUAUGUGUCUACAAUAACAUUGAGUACCAGCCUGGUGCUCAAGUUCCUAAAGGAACAUGCGAGAAUUGCACCUGCAGCUCGAUUAUGGAUCCUAGUACCAAGCUCAACAACAUUGUGUGCACAAAUAUCUCCUGCGACACUACAUGUUCACAGGGCUUCCAGUAUCAGGCCAUACCUGGUCAGUGUUGUGGGAAGUGUGUACAGACAAGCUGUGUGGUUAAUAUGCCAGAUAACACCAAACACACUAUUCAGGUGAACCAAACAUGGUCACCACCUGGUGACAAAUGUGUGAAGUACACAUGUGAGAAAACUGAUGGCCAAUAUAUACCAAGGGAGGUGAAGACUGUGUGCCCUGCAUUCAGCCCAGAGAACUGUGUCCCAGGCACAGAAAAGACAGAUGCAAAUGGAUGCUGCAAGACCUGCACAGAACGCAGCAAUGUCUGUGAGAUGAAGUACACCACCACUAGCAUCGUCAUCAGUGGCUGUGCGACCGCUGAGCCUGUGGAGAUCAAUUCCUGCUCAGGAAACUGUGGAACCUCUUCCAUGUACUCAGCAGAGGCCAACACCAUGAUGCACUACUGCUCCUGCUGCCAAGAGGCGACCACUAGCCAGAAAGAGGUGGAGCUGAUCUGCCCUGAUGGGUCAAAGGUCAAGCACUCCUACAUCCACGUUGAGUCGUGCGGAUGUCACGUCACAGACUGUGAUGCAGGCACGACCGCCGCCCCUGGGAUGACCAGACAGCGCAGGAGAAGGCGCUAAACGUCUAGGGAGACAACAUGCACACUGAUAUCAGAAUUAUCCUCAUGACAUCGAAUGUUUUAGUCCAAAUUUGUUUUCUUGUUAACUUUUAUUUAAAUCUGUCAUGCCAGUGUAUUUCUACAAUCGGCAGCACUUAAUAUUAUGUUCUUAUACCUUCAUUGUAGAAUGAAUGUAUUUUCUAUGAUAAAUGUAGUGGAGAAUCUCUUUUCUUAUUUGUAGUGAUUAAUAAACAACAGCAACAUCA